GGUCACGCGCAUGUUUAAUGAAAAUAUUUUGAACGAAGUUUGUCUGCUUCGAACUUGAAAUUGUGAUGAAAUACUUAACACGAAAACAUAGGAUUUUAAAAACGACGAUGAAUUCUGUAAAAAAUAUGAAUGCUUUUCGAUUUUCUCUUCAAAGCCUUUGAUUUUUUACAUGUUUUUAUUGUUAAUUUAUUUCUAUACAUAUAAAUAUGCAUUUGAAAUACCUAAAGACACUUCUACCAGCUCAAAGUGGAGCAUCAAAGAUUAUGGCAAUGGCCUGGGCUCCGAACAACAUGAAGCUGGCAAUUUGUACGGCCGAAAGAGUGAUUCUGUUAUUCGACGAACACGGUGAGCGAAGAGAUAAAUUUUCUACGAAGCCUAUAGAUUCAAAAUACGGAAAGAAGAGUUAUAUGGUGAAAGCUUUGGCAUUCUCUCCUGAUUCUACAAAAAUUGCAGUAGGACAAACUGAUAAUAUUAUUUAUGUGUAUAAAAUUGGUGAAGACUGGGGUGAAAAGAAAGUUAUUUGUAAUAAAUUUAUACAACAGAGUGCUGUUACAUGCCUGACUUGGUCAUCCGAAGGGCCGAUUGUUUAUGGAUUAGCUAAUGGAAAAGUACGAGUGGCAAAUGUAAAAACCAAUAAAUCAUCUACGCUUUAUGGAACAGAUUCAUAUGUUGUGUCAUUAACUACUAAUAUUUCUGGAAAAGGAAUUCUCUCGGGUCAUGCUGAUGGAUCUGUAGUGAGAUAUUAUUUUGACGAUGAAGGAAUUGGUGAUAUUCAGGGUAAAAUAUUGACUCAUACGUGCUCGCCAUAUGCUUUGACAUGGACUGUUCAGUCAAUUAUAGUAGCUGGUUGUGAUAAAAGAAUUGUAGCUUAUACAAGAGAUGGUAAAAUUGGACAACAGUUUGAUUACAGCCGUGAUGAUACAGAACAUGAGUUUACCGUGGCUGCUUGUAGUCCGAGUGGACAGUCUGCUGUUAUUGGAAGUUAUGAUAGACUUAGAAUAUUUAAUUGGAGUCCCGGAAAAAAUAUGUGGGAAGAAGCUCGUCCUAAAGAAAUUAAGUAUUUGUACACAAUAGCUACACUUGCUUGGAAGCGUGAUGGAUCCAAACUGGUUGCUGGAACAUUAUGUGGAACUGUAGAACUUUUUGACUGUAGUUUAAAGAAAACUAUAUAUAAUAAUAAAUUUGAAAUUACAUAUGUUGGGCCAAGUCAAGCUAUUGUAAAAAGUCUCAGUUCAAAAAUGCAAAUUUCACUUAAAUCUAAUUAUGCAUAUGAAAUUGUAAAUAUUAAAAUAUUAGGUAAAGAUAACUACAUAGUAGCCCAUACCACAGCUACUCUAAUUGUUGGUGAUAUGUUAAAUAACAAAUUGAGUGAAGUUCCUUGGCAAGGUAUGGGUGGUAAUGAAAAAUUUUAUUUUGAUAAUGAAAAUGUCUGCAUGAUUUUUAAUGCAGGAGAGUUGUCAUUAAUUGAGUAUGGUAAUAAUGAAAUAUUAGGAUCAGUACGAGCAGAAUUCAUGAAUCCACAUUUAAUUAGUGUUCGUCUAAAUGAAAGACAACAAAAAGGAAGAAGUGAUAAUAAAAAGUUGGCUUAUCUUAUUGAUUUAAAGACUGUAUCUGUAGUGGAUCUCAUGACUGGAGUAACAUUGGCUCAAAUAAGUCAUGAUUCUAAAAUUGACUGGUUAGAAUUAAAUGAAACAGGGCGAAAGCUUUUAUUUCGAGAUAAGCGACAACGAUUGAAUUUACUUGAUAUUGAAAGUCAAGAAAAAAUUGCUAUGUUAAAUUAUUGUACAUUUGUUCAGUGGGUUCCUGGAAGUGAUGUAGUUAUUGCUCAAAACAGAAGUAAUUUAUGUGUGUGGUACAACAUUGAUACUCCAGAAAGAGUGACAAUGUUUUCUAUCAAAGGAGAAGUAAUUGAUUUAGAAAGAGCAGAGGGAAGAACAGAUGUUAUAGUUAAUGAAGGUGUUACAACUGUGACAUAUACUUUGGAUGAAGGAUUGAUUGAAUUUGGUACUGCUAUUGAUGAUGGAGAUCUGAAUAGAGCCAUGUCUUAUCUUGAAACAUUACCUUUAUCAGAAGAAACAGAAGCAAUGUGGAGAACUCUUGGAAAUUUAGCUUUAAUGAAUAAAGCAUUGCCAAUUGCUGAAUGUUGCUUUGCUGCAGUUGGUGAUAUAUCAAAAGCAAGAUAUUUAAGAGAAACAAUAAAACUUGCAGAUGAUGCUUCAAAACUUAUGGAUGGAGAUGGAUAUGACUUCUAUAAAGUGAGAGCUAAAAUGGCCAUUUUAGAUAAACAUUACAAAUUGGCAGAAGGAAUUUUCUUAGAACAAAAUAAUAUUACAGAAGCAAUGGAAAUGUAUAAACAGUUACACAAGUGGAGUGAAGCAGUAGAAUUAGCUGAAGCUAGGAAUCAUCCUGAAUUAGAAAAUCUUUACAGAAACUAUUAUCAAUGGCUUAGAGAUACUGGUCAGGAAGAAAAAGCAGGUGAAAUGAAAGAAAAAAGUGGUGACUAUCAAGGAGCAAUUGAUUUAUAUUUGAAAGCUGGAAUGCCAGCUAAAGCCUCUCGACUUGUUACAUCUGUCCCAAGUUUAGCUGAUAAUGAACAACUAGUACAGAAAAUUGCAUCAGCUUUAAUGAAAGGAGAAUUUUUUGAACAUGCUGGAAAUUUAUAUGAAAAAGUAAAUAAUUAUCCAAAAGCCUUAGAAUGUUAUCGAAUGGGGAAAUCUUACAGUCAAGCUGUUGAACUUGCUAGACUUGCAUUUCCAGAAGAAGUUGUUCAUUUAGAAGAAGAAUGGGGUAAUUAUUUAGUAGGAAUCAAGCAGCUGGAAGCAGCUAUUAAUCAUUACAUAGAAGCAGGAAAAACAGUGAAAGCACUUGAUGCUGCUGUUUCUGCACGUCAGUGGAAAAAAGCUGUUCAAAUAAUAGAAGUAAUUGAUGAUCCUGGAACAGUAACAAAAUAUUAUCAAAAAUUAGGUCAACAUUAUUCAUCAGCUGGGGAGUAUGAGUUGGCAGAACAUUUUUUUGUUGAAGGAGGAAUGACUAAAGAAGCAGUAGAAAUGUAUAAUAAUGCUGGAAAAUGGGAAAGAGCACAUAAGCUUGCUAGUCAAUUCCUUAAACCUGAUGAAGUAACUCGUAUGUAUGUAUCUCAGGCUCAAAGCUUAGAAGAACAAUUAAAAUAUCGAGAAGCAGAAAAAUUGUACAUAGCUGUUAAUAAACCUGAUUUAGCUAUAACUAUGUAUAAGAAAAUUAGGCAAUAUGAUCAAAUGAUGAGACUUGUAAAACAGUAUCAUCCAGAUUUGUUGAUUGAUGCUCAUCUUCAUCUUGCUAAAGAACUUGAAGGAGAAGGCAAUUACAGACAAGCAGAACAACAUUACAUUUCAGCAAAUGAUUGGAAAGCAGCUGUAAAUAUGUAUAGGAAUAUUGAAAUGUGGGAAGAAGCAUAUAGGAUUGCUAAAAAUCAUGGUGGUAAUAUUGCUGCUAAACAAGUUGCUUAUUUAUGGGCAAAGACUCUUGGAGGAGAUUCAGCAGUAAAAUUAUUAACUAAAUUUGGCUUAUUAGAAAGUGCAAUUGAAUAUGCUAGUGAAAAUUGUGCUUUUGAAUUUGCUUUUGACUUAGCUCGCACUGCCAUGAAACAUAAGUUGCCUGAUAUUCACUUAAGAUAUGCAAUGUUUUUGGAAGAUGAAGGAAAGUUUAGAGAAGCAGAAGUUGAAUUCAUAAAGGCUGGAAAACCAAAAGAAGCCGUUCUUAUGUACGUGCAUAAUCAAGAUUGGGAAAGUGCUCAGAGAGUAGCUGAAGCUCAUCAUAAAGAUUCUGUAGCAGAAGUUCUUGUAGGCCAAGCUCGUUGUGCUUUUGAAGCUGGUGAUCGUCAGAGAGCAGAAUCUCUUUUGUUACGAGCACAGAGAGCUGAAAUGGCUGUGAAGUUAUAUAGAGAUGCUGGUUUGUGGAGUGAUGCACUUAGAGUUUGUAAAGAUUACAUCCCAAAUAGAUUACCACAAUUGCAAGAAGAAUAUGAACAGGAAAUGUCUUCUAGCAGUACAAAAGAUGUUGAAUCACUGCUUUCUCAAGCUCAAGAAUGGGAACAAAUGGGACAAUACCACAAAGCAGUAGAAUGCUACCUGAGAGUAUCUCCAAGCCACACAUCUAAUAAUGAUCUGCUUGAAAAAUGUUGGACCAAAGCAGCAGAAAUCGCUUUUAAAUUUUUAGAUGUCCAUCAUGCUGAACAAGUUGUGCAACAAGUUAGUCCUCGAUUAAUUGAGAUUAAAAGGUUCAGUGUUGCAGCUGAAAUGUAUUUACGAAUAGAUAAAAUAAAAGAAGCAAUAGAUGUAUUUAUGGCUGGGGAGGAAUGGAGUAAAGCUAAAAAGGUUGCUAAAGAACUUGAACCUAGACUUGAAGAAUAUGUAGAUGAUCAUUAUAAAGCAUUUUUAAGAACCCAAGGGAAAACUGAUCAGCUAGCAAGUAUUGAUGUUGUUGCUGCUUUGGAUAUGUAUGCUGAACAGAAUCAAUGGUCUAAAUGUUUAGAAAUGGCAGAACAACAGGGAACGAAAGUACUUCAUAAAUAUGUAGCUCAAUAUGCAACUCAGUUAAUUCGUGAAGAUAAUGCAGUGCAUGCUCUUCAGUUGUAUGCUAGAUUUGGAACACCGGCAUUUUCUCAAAAUUAUAAUAUAUACAGAAGAAUUGUUUCCGAUAUUCUAUUAACAAAAAAUUUAAAUAAUGCAGAGUCUUAUCGAACUUGGGCUGAUCUGAGAGAUGUAAUAUUUGAUUUGUAUCAAAAUAUUGAAAAAAUAGAUGGUCCAGAAAAAUCAGAAUUUGAGGUAUUAUUGUUAAUAGCUCAUUAUUAUGCUGUACGUUCAGCUUGUCUAGGUCAAACAUCAUUAGAUAAACAAGCAGCUAAACUGUCAAUUUCUUUAUUACGUCAUAUUGAUAUAAUUCCUGCUGAUAAAGCAUUCUAUGAAGCUGGGCUAUCUGCUAAAACAAUGAAUUGGGAAAGUAUGACAUUUAUAUUUUGGAAUCAUUAUCUUGAUAUAUGUGAAGCCAUUGAGGAAGGUAACUUAAAUUCCUUAGAUCAUUCAGAUUUUCGAGAUACAGAUAUACCAUUUGAAAUUCCCCUACCUGAAAAUAUGUAUCUUAAUGAAAGUGAACAUGAGGAAGUAAAGGAAUGGGUUUUAGCCAUUUCCAUGGAUCAGAGAGUCGAACAGGUUUUACCAUUAGAUGAAAGAAUGACAUAUGAGGCAUCAUUAAUUGCUGCAAAUACAGGCAAUGCCUCACCACCAUGUGUUAUAACUGGGUAUCCUGUCCUCAGAAAUAAAUUAGAAUUUCGUAAACCAGGUAAAGCUGCUAAUAAAGAGGAUUGGAAUAAAUUCUUGAUGGCAGCUAAAAUGUCUCACAGUGCAGAGUGUCAAGAUGUACUGAAAUUUAUCACAUUAUGGUGUGGAGGAGCACCAAGUAUGGGUUAUUCAUUCCAGUAAAUUAUUAGUGCAGUUAUCACAAUUCAAAGAAAUUUAAAUUAUUUAAAUAGAAACUUAUUAAAAUAGCAAUUGAAUUAAAUCAAUGUCCAUAUUUUAUAACAGAUUAUAUAAAGUAAAUUGUAUUGUCAAUAAUAAGAACAAUGCUGCUUUUUAUCAUAAGAAUUUUACACUGUUAGUGAAAUUGAUAUUAUUUUUGUGUGUUUUAAAAAGUCAAUGUUUAUAUAUUUGUGUUUUUCUAUUUGAUUAUAAAGAAUCAUUUAUAAUGUUACUACACAUGCAUAAAUAACUUAUUGAAUUAUAAUUUUUAAAUUCAUAUAUGAUAUAGAA